AAAUACUGUUACGAAUACCGAUAUGACUUUGAUCGAGUCUCUUCGCCACCGCAUAAAGGGAGAGGAGAAAAACAAGACCUAAUCAGGUUCGGUGUUGUGUGUAAAUCUAAUUCACCUGGGACACCACUAACUCACCUGUUAACCCACUGAUGCAGCAAAGUACGCGCUUUCCUCCCUGCUUUAUCUGUUGUUCCGUGGCUAUGCAAAUAAAGAGGACGACGAGCAACCCGGACACAGGAAUAUACGUAAAAAAAUAUCUUCACACGUAUAGAAACAGAUGCACGACAUGUAUUUAAACUUCGAUCACAACGGUCGUGAAAGAAGCCGGCACGUUCUUGAAAGGUGUGAUUUUUUUUAGAAAACAAAGAAAAAUUCAUCGAUCUGACUUUUCCAGGAGCUAGGCAGACCUCGAGCUGGCGCGCUCCCGCUCGAAGCUGGAGGCCAGUAACCGUUCCGCGAGACGGGGAAGCCAUUUGAAUUUUCGAAACGCGUGCCGUUCCUAACGGUUUCCUGUUUUUUUUUUAAAAGCGCCCGUUUCCAAAUUGGGAGGGGGGAGGGGGAAUAGAAAUAAAAACAUGCCUUUGUGUAGCUGAACCCCGUCCCCUUAUUUCCUCAACCUUUUUACUCUCUCUCGACGCAUCAGUUUAUUUUGUGCAGAAGGUUACAAGAAGAUAUAUCUGGAAGGACUUUGAACAUUAAAAGCAUUUGAAUAUUUAUUAACAAUAAUCAAAGAUAAUCCGAUAUGGAUGUUGCAAAUAUUGCUCCAAGGAAGGUUUUCAGAGCAAAGAAAACACUUCAAGUAAGUGACCGCAAGCAGUGGGAAGCAUUAAUCAGAAUCAGACCUCAGAAUGGGAACAAACAACCCUUUAGAGAGCGGGAUCAUUUGACAAGUGAUUUGAAGUGCACGGAUACAGAAGAUGUCAGUAAACCUGAUGAACAUUUAAUUUCAAAUUGUCCAAAAAGUGAUAUUUCAAAACCUGAACUGAACCAGACUUUAACACUUCACUGCAAAAAUGAGGUAAUCAAGGCCAAGUUCAAACAUUGUUCUGUUACACGGAUGUCAGAUAAACAACUGGAGAAUGCUGGAUUAAAAAGUCAGGAAGAUGUUCAAUCCAAUGGUCAUCCUGAAACUAAAAACCAAGAUCCUCAGCAAAAAGAAUUUCAGAAUAUUGGUUUACUCAAAAUGUCUCUGAAAUCCUCCUCUGAAACUGCUGACCAAAACACAACUGUUACAAAUGGUAGUGCUAUUUCCUGCUCCACAUGUGCAUUAAAAGAAGACUUCAACAGAACUUCUAAAACCCAUUCAACUAAGGUUCCUGCAUUGCUUGACCAGAAGAACUGUGUGACUUCCAUCAGCUUAGAUAAGAAAUGGAAUAUUGAGCCAGUCCUUCACACUAUUGGUGUUGAAGAUCUUAAAUUUGUUUCUUCAGGUGCUUGUGAAAAGACGAGUAAUCUAAAGAAAACAAAGCACUCUAUUAGUCCAAUUUCAGAAAAUUUGUCCAAUGUGCAUUUGUCAGCCCUACAUAUUGCUCAGGAUGUAAAUGACAAGGUUGAAGGAAGUGUACAAAAUGAAAGACAAAAACCUUCUGUUUCAAAAUGUCUUCAUGUAGAAGAUCAAUCAAAGAUAGAUGAAUCUAAAUUACUGAUUAAUUACCAAGAGCAGAUUGAAUGCAAUACAAUUAUGGACAAGAAGAGGUCUGGUUUAAGAAAAAGGACCCAUUCAAGCAGUGAAGAAAGAAGUAGCAACAAGCAAUUUAAGACUUCAGAAGGUGACAAAAGUGACCAUCUUAAAUUACAUUCCAAAAGCCAAAGUGCAGAAACUACCAAGAAGAAGUGUUUUCAUGAGAUCCAGAAAUGGAUUCACCAAAAGAUUGCCACUGAACUUAGAAGUGAUCAUUUGAACAACAAACUUGAAGACUUAACAAAAAGAAUUGAAAAUAUUGAGUGUAGACAAAAUCAUGAAGAACUGGCUAAAACUAUUCAAAUUCGAAUAAAACGAUUGGAAAGAAAGGUAAAAGCUGCCUUGAAAACUGUAAAUACUCAAUCACUUAGAAAAACAGCAGAGGAGAGCAAUUCAGCAUCAUUUUCUCUAAAACAAUCUGAUAUACAUCCUGUGCCACAAUAUGCUACCACUGGAGAAAAUUCAACCAAUGCACUGGAGCCUGAGUCAAUUGCAGAAUAUAUGGAUUCAUCUGCUACACCUGCCACUGUACCAGACCAAUCCUCUCAGCCAUUGCCUUACAAGGAACUUCCAGAUUCUUCCAACUGUGAACUGAGCUUACAGUUACCUGGAAGAACUUCAAAUUUUGUACCUGAGGAUGCUGAGAUUGCAUGGAAUAUUCCACUACCAAAGAACUUGGAUACUGUAACUCCAUCAAGUACACAUUACAGUGAUAUUUCAAAUGCAACACAAAGCAAUAAGGUGUCUCCUGAUACUCUGACUUUACAAUGUGAUGAUAAAGGACCAACAGUUGGUGUAGAACAGUGAAAACUCUGCUGUCUGUGUGCUAGCUCACAUCAAUUGCCAUUUACUCAUCACACUUGUGGUCACUGGAUCCUGCUUGUGCAACAUCUCAAUUUUAAAAUUCUGAUCUUUAUUUUCAAUCCCUCCAUGGUCC